AUGAGCCAGGCUAGUUGUGUUUGGGAAGACAGGCUUAAAUUCUGUCAAAUUUCUCUCCAAACUAUUUGUCUGAUUACUACAUGAGUAACUUAGUUUGAAACAUAAAUAAAUAAGGAUUAUUAUGCCAUUGGAAUCAAGACUUGUUUCCUUGUGGAUUUUUCAUAAACAGCAGUGAAAGUGAAGCCCUGCCCAUUUGUGUCAGACGUGUGUGAAGAAUUCGUAUAGGUUGUGUACACUGCAGUGUAGUGUUCGAGGCUGAUGUAUGAGAAUUUGACAGUAGCUGAGUGAGUGCCCUUUCUCAUUUAUAGCCAUGGCUAUGGAUGAUAUCUUUGCCCAGGUGCGUGAAGGCAAUGCGUUCAAUGUCCGCCUGUGGCUGGACAACACGGAAAAUGACCUCAAUCAGGGAGAUGACCAUCGGUUCAGUUUACUUCACUGGGCGGCCCGCGAAGGGCGGGCUAACAUUGUUGACAUGUUGAUUUUUCGUGGUGCUAGGAUAAAUGCUACCAACAUGGGUGAUGACACUGCUCUUCAUUUGGCAGCUAGCCAUGGCCACAGGGAUAUUGUAUUGAAAUUAUUACACAAUAAAGCCAACAUAAACGCCAUCAAUGAACACGGCAACACGCCCCUGCAUUACGCUUGUUUCUGGGGCCAGGACCAGAUAGCUGAAGAUCUUGUGAACAAUGGUGCUUUAGUCGCAAUAAGUAACAAAUAUGGAGAGACACCAUUAGAGAAAUCAAAAUCCUUCUUACAGAGAAUCUUAAGUGAAAGAGCUGCUGCAUUAGGUCAAGAUUUGAAAAAAGUACCUUUCAAGGAUAGGAGUUGGUUAGGAUACAAAACAAGGAGUAGAGAUGCCACGUUAUCUCGCCAUUCAGGAAUUGACAUAGCACAGUUGAAUCUCCACACGAAACUCUGUAGCAGCCAUUCAGGAGAGCUCUGGAGGGGUACAUGGCAAGGAAAUGAUAUCGCAGCAAAAAUCCUCACAGUUCGUAGAUUGACGAUACGAGAUACCAGAGACUUUGCUGAAGAGUUCCCAAGGCUACGAAUCUUCAACCACCCGAACAUCUUGCCAGUGCUCGGAGCGUGUAACCAACCUCCCAACCUGGUGGUCAUCUCUCAAUUUAUGCCGUAUGGCUCCCUCUUCAAUGUUCUUCAUGAGGAAACUGGUAUCGUUGUUGACCAAAACCAGGCUCUACGUUUUGCCAUUGACAUAGCAAGAGGGAUGGAAUUUCUCCACACACUCGACCCGGCGAUCCCAAAUAUCUAUCUGACCAGUAAACACGUCAUGAUUGACGAAGAUCUAGCUAAAAUAAAUGUGGAUGACCCCAAAUACAUCUCAAAGCGUCGAGAUGGGGCUGUCACUGGGGUGGAUGAAGACCUUGCGUGUCGAAUCAACAUGGCCGACUACAAGUUUUCGUUUCAUGAGCGAGGCAAGGUGUAUUCGCCAGCUUGGAUGUCACCAGAAGCUCUGCAAAAGAAACCAGAAGACAUCAACGUGAAGGCAGCUGACAUGUGGAGUUACGCCAUCUUACUGUGGGAGUUGGCAACGCGUGAAGUCCCGUUUGCUGAGGUACCUCCGAUGGAACUAGGAAUGAAGGUAGCACAUGAGAAUCUGCGCUUGUCCAUUCCGCCUGGAACCUCGCCGCACAUGGCGCGUCUCAUGAAGAUCUGUAUGAACGAAGAUCCCGGGAAACGGCCGAGGUUUGAAAUGAUCAUACCCAUCUUGGAGAAGAUGAAGCAGUCGGGAAACUAGUCGAAUGCAGGAUAUAAACACUGAAACUAGUUAAACCAGGAUAUGUAUUAUUUGGAAAUCUCGUUAAACAAGAAACUCAGAAACUGGUGAAACGAGGUCACGUUUAGUCACGAAUGAGCAGGUCAGAAAACCUGAUUGGGUCUGUUUAUUGUUGCCCAUAUGAAUGAUAGAUAAAAGUGCUGACCCCUCUUUUGAAAUAUUGGUUGGGCUUUAAAGAAAGAAGGGUGCUGAACACUUGUGAGAAAUGAUUAGGGAGAGGUUGUCUGAUCGCCCGGCCAAGGACUUUCACUGGGGUGGAGAAAUCGAGGCUUGUGGAAGUUUGGUCCACAGCGGUUGGUCUUGGUACUUGUUAUGGCACUGUUCAUCAAACUCAUGGUUAUUUGGUGUAGAAUGACGAGUUAAGAUUUCAUUCCGGAGUUCAUCCUGCUGUGAGGUGAAAGCACAAUCACAAUUUUAUAGAAAUAAUGAUCAGAAAAGUUUGUAUAACAAUUAGUGCGAAUGUAUGAUGAAUGUAUGUAUUGUCAUAAUGAAUGCAAUAUUAUAUACUGACCACUAUGCGUUGAGAAAUGAAUGUAAUUUUUAAACUAUGAUGCAGAAUGUUUACUGAUAUGACUAUACAUAUGUUAUACACAAAAAAUCACGUGUUAUAUUUGUACGACUCGAUGAGCUUAUAUGCAAUUGUCUACACUCUUUGAAAUUGCACUUUCAGAUGUCUUGCAUUAUAGCGCCAUGCAUUAUUUUCUUAACUGUACAGAAUGAACCUGUGUAUUAUUCCUAUUUCCACCAGUAGCACAUAACUCAAGUAAACUUAUACCUACCUUUAUUCUCCUGCAUUGUUUAAAGAGACGCUUCUCCUACUGCACAGGGGUGUAGAAUCGUACCAGGUGACAUGUCGUGAGCAUCUCCUUGGGUUCCCAGGGCAAGUUUCAGGAGAGGCUGGGAUGUUUGUAAAGUCAACUGAUCAUGUCUAUUGCUGUGGAUAUCAGACUAUAAACCGCAACAGAUACCAUUACGUUUCUCAAGAAUUAAUAAAGACCUAUCUUUGUUUGUUCUUUCCUUCUAUGAAGUCUCUUUAAUUGGAAUAGGAUCUGCAUGUGUACAUGUAUCAGUAGAGUUUUAUGUCUGUAAGCAUUUAAUACCAUUAUUAUAAACACUUAGGGUAUCUGCUGCCUGAAUUUCUGAUAAUUCAAAUUAGAGUUGUUCAUUUGUGUUCAUAUUUUGAACCAAAUGUAGCAGUGCUAUAUGUAUAUUAAUACCUCGUUGUAUAUUUUCUGUUAGUAUGUAAAUGUAGUUUAUGAUCAGAUUUAUGAACUAAUUGAUGCUCCCUAAAUAGAUACGAUCUAUGUCUUUAUUUUGAUUCAUUUGUAAGUUUUUCUUUAUAGAACAUACGUUGAAUUUGACCUCUUUAAUCAGGACACCUUUCUAUUCGAUUGCAUCUGUUCCUAAAUUAUUACCAAUAUAUAUGAGCUUGCUUGCUCUAUAUUUCAUUAUGAAUAAUAUGUUCAAACUAUUUCAGUUCCUGUCAGAUCAGCCAUGUAAAAUGACUUGUAAGCGUGUUUUCUGUAUAUUCUCAUACAAUGUAGGUGCAUGCCCCUUAGUGUAGAUUGCAUGAAAUAAUUUAUAGAGGAGAACAAGAGAUUUCAAAAGUUCAAACACUUCUAAAUUGCUUCGGAGGGAUAUUUUCCAUCGUGAUGGUAGAGUAAGUUCAGACAAAAAUUCAACAGCCUUUUUAACUGAACAUCAGUAAAGUUCUUCCCCAUCUCUAAAAUGACUUGAACUUUUCAUAUGAUAAAGGAGAACUAUUUGUAAGUUGUUCUUUACUAAUAAAACCUCGGCCAUGUAUCUUUUAAA